AUGCUAGCCGGCUCCGCAAUGGACAACAUCGACGAGGAAUAUGGCCGGCUCGUUGAACACCUUCACUACUGCACUCUGCGAAGAAGGCUCGUGGAGCAGCACGAGCCGCAGGGAACCAAGAACUCACGUCCAAGCUCGCAAGACUUGAACCCGAAGUUAACAACCAUUGCAUCGAGAAGGGGGCACCUAAGCAAGCAGGGUUUCGAAAAGGAAACCAAUCCGAUUGACCAUAUUCACAUUGUUUCGAAGCUCAUCGAGGUAUCACGAGAAGACAAGAUGCCGCUCUGUCUCACCAUCAUCGACUUGAAGAAGGCCUUCGACUCAGUUGAGAUGGGAGCGGUCGUGGAAGCCUUAAACAACCAAGGCGUCCCUACUCAGACCGGAAUUUCGUUAUUUUACAAGAAUAUCAUCAUUGACGUGAAGAGAGGGUCCGACAGGGUGACACAAUCUCACCCAAAAUAUUCACAUCCUCGAGAACGCAAUGAGAAAGCUGGAAUGGGACGACAUGGGAGUGAAGCUGAAUCUACAAAAGACGAUGUUCAUGCGGAACGGAUAGGUCUUGGAUGCCCCAUUCACGCUCAACGGAACGAACAUAUCCGAAUGCACCAGCUACGUUUAUCUGGGUCCGGAAUUGAACACGAUGAACGAUCUGACCCCGAGCUUGGCAGGAGGAGACGAGCGGCUUGGGAAGCAUAUAAGAGCAUCGAGGAUGUAAUGAAGAAGACCAAGAACACCCCGCUCUGUGCUCGCCUUUUCACAUUACGGUACUUCCUGCUUUGA